UUCACUUCCGUUUGUCCGUGGAACAUGGAAAAAGUUAAUACUGUACUGCAAAGCAAGUAAUCUCUGUGGUUUUAUAGUUGGAUUUUAGGACAAGGAGUGUCCAACGAUUAUUUCAAGAACCGAGCACUGUGCAUAGUUGUAAUUCUGUAAGCGUCCGUGUCAGAACCCAAGGACGUGCGGUGCCGCUGGUGACGUUGUGUGGAUGAGCGCCUCGAGACCCCUUAAAAACAAUUCGCCACCAGACUUGCGAUGGAUCCCUUUCAGCGAUGCAGAGCCGGAUUUUUGGUUCCACACCCUGAGUGAGCAAGUUAACCUCAGUAACAUGCCUCGUAAUACCCGGACUAAGCGGGAGAAGCAACGUGAUGCAAAACGCCGUGUACGUGCAGCUGCUUGCACCAAAGCACGAGAUGAGGAGGCCGCUCAGCAGCAAGCACACCGUCGGGCAAUCAACGCUGCGUGUGCAGCUAAGGCGAGGGCACAAGAAACGGCAGAGAAGACAGCAGCCCGUCGUGCCAGCGACGCUGCGCGCAUGGCUAAGGCGAGGGCAAGGGAAACGACAGAGAUGACUUUAGCGCGUCGUGCCAGAGAUGCUGCGCGCAUGGCUAAGGCGAGGGCGGAGGAAACGGCAGAAGUAAGAGCAGCCCGUCGUGCCAGAAACGCUGCGUGUGCGGCUAAGGCGAGGGCACGAGAAACAGCUGAGAAAACAGCUGCCCGUCGUGCCACUGACGCAGCGCGUAUGGCUAACGCGAGGGCACAGAAAACUGCAGAAAUGCAAGCAGCGCGCCAGGCAAGGGACAGUGUGCACCAUCAGGAAGUUAACCGCACGACCCAACAAGCGCAACCUUGCACGCCCUGACAAAACAAUCUUCAACAUAUUGAAGAAAUCUAAUUUUGAUUUUGCCAACAAAAAAUACAUAUUUUAUCUCUUCUUAACGUGGACAGAGGACAACAGAGCAGAGACAUUACUUUAUGUUGUAUUUGAUGAAACAUUGACUUUCUUAUACAUUAAAUAAACAACAGAUUGAUAUUAAUGAUUCCUGCCCAACCACUGAAGAAAGAAAACGCGAUAGUUAUUCAUGUUUGCCUUAUGGUCUGAGCACAUUUGCCCAGAAAGAAAUGAAACAGCUCUCAAGUGCUACCAAUGUCGUAAUAAAGUCAACA